AAUUUUAGUAUUACAAAUGAUAUUAGAAGAAAACUAAUCGUCCAUGUGUAUGAGUCACUCACUAGACAAGCAAAAACUUUGCCAGCGAAACAAAAAAGUUAAAUAAAAAUAUAAAAUAUCAUUAAACGUCUGAAUAAAAAAAAAUAAAAUAAAUAAAAAUAAAAAUCGUAAGAUUAAAUAUAUACAGAUUGAGUAUCGGCUGUAAAAGUAGAGGCGCUACACUUGUCGAACAAAAGUGAGAUAAGAUAACCAUACAGAUAAAGACAAUCUUUCCAGGAAAAUAAGGCAGUUUAAAAAGCUUUCACAAGCCCAGCGAACUGUUGUUCGCGCCGGCAGCAGACACUGUAGCUGCAUUCCGGAGAACGUUGACGUGCUAGAGAGACGUGUAAAUUAUCCGUACAGUUUAUAUAUGUAAGACUGUUCCUUAAGUGCAAUUAUAAAGUAUUCGGUGCAUUAAUAUAACAUGCACUUGGUGCCGUAUUAACCAGUGAAUUAUAAUUCUAAAUUUUAAUAUUACAAAUGAUAUUAGAAGAAAACUAAUCGUCCAUGUGUAUGAGUCACUCACUAGACAAGCAAAAACUUUGCCAGCGAAACAAAAAAGUUAAAUAAAAAUAUAAAAUAUCAUUAAACGUCUGAAUAAAAAAAAAUAAAAUAAAUAAAAAUAAAAAUCGUAAGAUUAAAUAUAUACAGAUUGAGUAUCGGCUGUAAAAGUAGAGGCGCUACACUUGUCGAACAAAAGUGAGAUAAGAUAACCAUACAGAUAAAGACAAUCUUUCCAGGAAAAUAAGGCAGUUUAAAAAGCUUUCACAAGCCCAGCGAACUGUUGUUCGCGCCGGCAGCAGACACUGUAGCUGCAUUCCGGAGAACGUUGACGUGCUAGAGAGACGUGUAAAUUAUCCGUACAGUUUAUAUAUGUAAGACUGUUCCUUAAGUGCAAUUAUAAAGUAUUCGGUGCAUUAAUAUAACAUGCACUUGGUACCGUAUUAACCAGUGAAUUACAAUUCUAAAUUUUAAUAUUACAAAUGAUAUCAGAAGAAAACUAGUCGUCCAUGUGUAUGAGUCACUCACUAGACAAGCAAAAACUUUGCCAGCGAAACAAAAAAGUUAAAUAAAAAUAUAAAAUAUCAUUAAACGUCUGAAUAAAAAAACAUUUCGCAAUUGUAACAAGUUAAACGCCGUGACUAACUUAAAAUGAGUCAAGUGAGCAUUUUGGAACUGCCAUCCGAUUGCUUCUUUGAAAUAUUUAAGUACAUAAAAGAGAACUGCGAGAGAGAGAAACCAAAUGCGCCCGACGAAAUCAAGUAUAAAGAUUUCAUUAACUUUGCCGCAUGUUGCAAGCCGUGUGCCGCGUUGCUCUGUGACUGGAAUAUAACACUAUAUAUCAGUCUUCAGAAGUAUUUAACCUUCAGGAUCGACAACAUUCACAUCGACUUUGAAGAGGUGUAUACCCGGUUGAAGAAUGCGUCAGCAAAGUACAAGGAAACCUAUUGGAGCUCCCUCAGCCAGGCCAUCAGGGACGCACCCGCAACCUACGUCACUUUGUUUUACGCUCCCGAAUCAUUCCACAGUGAUCACAUGGAAGCAUUUCGCACCGUGAUAGAUCAACUCCAAAACAAGACAAAUCUGGAAGAGUUACACAUUGAUGUGCGGGGCUACACCCUAGAGGGUCUGGGAGCACUUAGAAGCCUCGAGGAACUCCGAUUGAAUGUGCGGAUGGAUAUUGAUGAUUUGAUUGAAAUGUGCCGAUUGAACAAAAACUUGCGCAUUCUGGAAUACAUGAAUAAUGAAACGGGUGGAAAGAGGCUGGCCGCGAUCGUCCCUCAUUGCGAACAUUUGAAACAUCUCGCCUUCGCAAUGAGACCCGACUGCGAUGCAAGCGAAUACAGGCCUUUGGCUAAGAUUCCCAGACUGCAAUACUUACAAAUCAAAGGAGUGCACGAGAAGGGCACUCUUCAGCCCCUGCUGGAGGGAUUCGCCUGCAAAGACCUCUACACAUUGUCCAUAGUCGAUGCAACAUUGGACCACAAUGAAACGCAGGCAAUGGCCCAGAUAGAAACAUUAACUCAAGUGGAGUGUGGAUUUGACGAUCCCCAGAGUAUUGGGCUCUUGUCCCAACUGACCGAACUCAAACAGUUGAAGAUACUGUCCAAACAUGACUUUGGAGCACUAUCGGAGCCAGUUUGGUGGAUUUUAGUGGAGUCAAAAGGGAAAACGAGCAUUGAGCUAGAAAAUUGUUCAUUAUCAUACAGUCAAAGUGGAGCACUUCAUCUUUAUACAACAGAGAAUAAUGCGAAUGCCUCCGACUACAGUCCACUUUUGACUCCGGUUCUCAAUGGAUUCAGGAACGUACCCACAUUGACGGACUUGUCGUUGGAAAAUAUCACGGCAGAGGAAUUCGCAGCAGUAUCUGAAAUCGCAUCCCUGAAGAGAUUGGAGUGUGGAUUUGCCGAAACACAAAACGCUGAGCUCCUCGCGCAGCUACCCGUGCUCGAGGAAUUGACUAUUAAAUCUGUGCCAUCAUCUCCAGGAUCCCUCCAGGGCCUCCUGGCUGCUCUGGCUUCGAGGGAGUCGCAGACACUACAAAAGUUGUGUUUGAAAAGAAAGAUCGAUGCCGUGGAGGCAAACGAACUGUCCCGCCUGACAUCCUUGCGAACUUUGGCAUGUCAGUUCGCUGAUCCUCUGGACAUUCAGCUUCUGUCUCAACUCCCCGAACUCAAAAAGCUGAACCUGAAUGCCAUGGACAGACUAGACCAGAUAUUGCCUUUGGUCCUUAUAGUUAUAAAGUCCUGCAAAAAGUUGGCUGACAUUCACAUCCAGUGUAAGCCAAACCACUCCGGUCAUGUGGACAUGAAAUCGUCUGAAAUCCUCGUCGAAAUGUUGGAGGCCUUCCAAGAUAAAUUUAAUAUACGGUUCAACGACAGCUUUUUCGGCAUAUCCGGGAAUCGUGAAAAAAAUAAAUUGUUCGUUAACAUGCUUUUAUUUAGACAAAAUAAACUCGCGAUAGAAUCCUUAGCCCGCGUUCAAUCUGUAAACCAUAUGGAAAUACAUUUCCACGUAGUUGGGGAACCGAGGGCUCUCUUUGCCGCCCUAGCGAUGAGAACUAAUUCCAAUCUACAGAGUCUGUGCACUCCGUUCUGUCCGCUCGACUUUAGUGAGACUACGGAAUUGGCCAAGAUUACUUCGUUGACAAAAUUUAAAGGCCCCAUCUCCGAUAUACGAAGUCUCCAACACUUACUCCAUUUAAGCAAUUUCGAAGUUUGGAAUGAAUUAGAAUUGAAUGGACAGGUUCGCAGAAACAUCACGUUCGAUAAGUCCACCGGGAAAUUGAAUAUUAUUAACAAAACGGCUAAUGAAUUACAAGACGACAUUGGACUGAAUCCCCUUGCUAGCCUGCAGAAUUUGCGGCACGUUACUAUUUCUGGAGUCUACAAAGAGGGCUUCAUGUGCGAUUUCUUGGGCCAGCUGGCCACCUGUCAAGGGAAGACUCUGCAGACCCUGGAGAUAUUUCCGAAGAAAGAACUGAACUAUGCAGAGCUGAGGGAAGUGAUUAAACUGAAGUCUCUCCGAAAACUGGCCUGCGGGUUAUCCCAUGUUAAGGACGUGGAAAUAGAACAGCUGGAACAACUUCCCCAUCUAGCAGUGCUCAUUGUUGUUUCCCAUCGAACGGGCUCUUUAGGGAGCCUACUUCGGACUCUUGCCGCCAGGAAGUGCCCCACACUAACACAUCUGACUGUAGAGGGCGAAAGUCUCACCCCCCAAGAGGUGACCGACGUAUCUGCUAUAAGUUCCUUGGAGCGACUCAGCUGCGGGUUCUGCAGCACAGAGGGUCUCGAUGUAUUGUCACAGCGUUCCUGCAUCGAGGAGCUGGUCAUGAAAACUAGGAAAGGUGAAGCCUCUCUGGUAGAUCUGCUCACUGCUGUUGCAGCUUCUGGCGAAUCAAAGAUUCAGAAUCUAACCAUCGAUGGUCCGGCAGUCGGUCAGGAAUUAGCUACCGUUUUAAGCCUUGUUCUUCGAAUUCCGAGACUGAAGUCCUUGAAGCUCCGAAUCAAAGAUACCCAGGGCAUUGAGCGAUUGUCAGAGUUUUUGCAUUUAGAAGAGUUGACCAUCUCAUAUACCCGCAAAAAGGACUUUGGCUAUUAA